UGGCAACACUGGCUUACUGGCCUUUCGAAAGUGUCGUGUGGCAACCGAUGUAGAAUAUUGCUAAAGAAUUUAUCACUAAAUAUUAGUGAUUUCAUAAUGUCAGAGCAUAUUCUACCAGCUGAAGAGCCGAUUCGAUUUAUAGCCCCUAUAAUACAGGAUAACCCAACAGGAUGGGGCCCUGCAGAAAUGCCGGAACAGUUUCGAGACAUGCCGUACCAACCAUUCAGUAAGGGUGAUCGUUUAGGAAAAAUCAGUGAUUGGACUGUGGUACAGGAUAAAAAGUAUCAAAAUAAAUAUGCUUCUCAAUUCGGCGCUGGAUCGUCCUACGCGUACUUCCAUGACGAGGAUGAGAGCACAUUCCACUUGGUGGACACGACUCGCGUGCAGAAGCCACCGUACCAGCGCGGCCGUGCCCGUGGUCAGCGCGGCAGGGGUGCUAGAGGUGCUAGGACACCGGGUGGCAUGACUACUCUGAACAAGCAACGAGAUCGUAAACUUGGAAAGAGAUGGGGCCAGAGAGGUGCACCUAUGAAAAUCAGGGAUGCAUCAGUUACCGUAAGACCCACAUGGGUCACUAUUGAGGACAUGGACUUUCCUCGGUUGGCUAAGCUAUCUUUGCCGGGUAUAAAAGAAGGUGAAGACAUUGUUUGCUGUGGUACUCUUGAGUACUAUGACAAAGCCUAUGAUCGUGUAAAUGUUAAACAUGAGAAACCUUUACAGCGUAUUGAUCGUAUUUUCCAUACGGUGACCACAACUGAUGACCCAGUCAUUCGUCGUCUGAGUAAGACAACUGGCACAGUGUAUGCCACUGAUACUAUCUUGGCUACCAUCAUGUGCUGCACUCGCUCUAACUAUUCCUGGGAUAUUGUCAUUGAAAAGAUUGGUGACAAAUUGUUCUUGGACAAGCGUGACAAUACCGAAUUCGACUUGCUUACUGUGAACGAGACUUCAGUGGAGCCCCCUGCUGAUGAUGGCAAUUCAAUCAAUUCACCACGCAACUUAGCUUUGGAGGCUACAUUCAUCAAUCACAACUUUAGCCAGCAAGUGUUGAAGUCGGGAGAAAAGGAACCCAAAUACAAAUUCCCUGAGGCGAAUCCUUUUGUGUCAGAGGAAGAGGAAGGCGAGGUCGCGUCUGUUGGUUACCGUUAUCGUAAAUGGAACCUUAAUAAUGGUGUUGUACUAGUAGCCCGUUGUGAACACGAUGCAGUAAUGCAAGGACCUCAAGGCGAGACCCAGUUCUUAUCAAUCAAGGCUUUGAACGAAUGGGACUCGAAGCUUGCCAAUGGAGUGGAGUGGAGACAAAAGCUGGACACUCAACGCGGUGCUGUGCUAGCCAAUGAGUUGAGGAACAAUUCGUGCAAGCUGGCCAAGUGGACUGUCCAGGCCUUGCUAGCCGGCUCGGAUCAGGUCAAGUUCGGCUACGUAUCCCGCGCCCAGGUCCGCGAUAACUCGCGUCACGUGAUCCUCGGUACGCAGCAGUUCAAGCCUCACGAGUUCGCAGCUCAAAUCAACCUCUCCAUGGACAACGCGUGGGGCAUCCUGCGGUGCAUCAUCGAUAUAUGCAUGAAGCAGAAGGAUGGCAAAUAUCUGAUCAUGAAGGAUCCCAACAAGCCGUUGAUUCGUCUGUACGAUAUACCGGACAACACUUUCGAAUCAGACGCAUCGGAGGAGAGCGGAGACGAACCCGCUGACACGCCAUUCGCACCACUGUACUCUUACGGAAACGCCAAGAGAAUUUAGCUUUUAAACCAUAUGAUAUUGUGACUAAUCUCCCAUACAUAGCCUAAUUUGGUACAGGUGAAUUUCGCGAAGCAGUGUUUGUAUAAAUAGAUACAGGUAGCGUAAGCGUCUCCGUAAAUUAAACACAAUAAAUAAUCGUUUUAUGUAUUCAAUAUUUUUAUUCAGCAGAAUAAAAUUUUAUUGUCAC